AUGUCUCGAAUUAUUCUUCCUUAUUGUGGUCGACUUAAACAUUUUUCAUCUAAUAAAAUCAAUUUUAUUCGAACAAUUGUCCAUACAGAUCAGCCAUAUCCUGGAACUGGUCUUUGUGGUCUCUACGUAAAUACACAUCCUCACAAAGACCUUUCGGAGAUUUAUGUUCGAAUUUUGCGUGUUCUUGAUUUGAUGCCUAAAGAUUACCCUUAUAGGCAAACUACUGAACAAAUUGUUAAAGAACGGUUUGGACAUGUCAAUUCGACUGACGAUAUUCAAAUUUUGGAAGAAAAAAUUGGAAUGGGUCAAAUUGAGGAAGUUAUUGAACAGGCUCUAAAUGAAUUGGAAGCAGCUCGUACUCUUGUUCAUUACAAAGCAUGGGAACCACUUGUUGAAGCACCAGAUGAAUACCAAUGGCGUUGGCCAAUUGCACCGGGACCGUGA